AGCAGACCUGGAAGUGGCUGCAGCUGCAAAUAAUGGCAGUAAAAAAAAAACAAUAACAAACUGAUUUGAGUGCCACUUUUAAGCGAACAUUGAGCCGGUUUUCUGGAUUGAAUUAUGGAAGGCAAGAAAGUUAUUCUUGUGACUGGAGGAUCUGGGCUUGUCGGCCAAGCUAUCCGUGAAUUUGUUGAGAAUGAAAAACCCGUGGAUGAAUCAUGGAUAUUCGUGGGGUCAAAAGAUGCUGACUUGAGUAAUAUUGAGCAGACUACAGUACUGUUCCAAAAACAUAAACCUACUCACGUCAUACAUUUAGCUGCAAUGGUUGGUGGUCUUUUCCACAACAUGUCACACAAUUUAGACUUUUUGAGAACAAAUAUUCAUAUCAAUGAUAAUGUGCUUGAGACAAGCUUUAGAAGUGGAGUGAAGAAGGUAGUUUCCUGCCUAUCUACUUGCAUCUUUCCAGAUAAAACUUCAUAUCCUAUUGAUGAAACUAUGGUUCAUUUGGGUCCACCACACCCAUCUAAUUUUGGAUAUAGCUAUGCAAAGAGGCUCAUUGACAUUAGCAACAAAGCCUACUUUCAACAGCAUGGCUGCCUAUUUACCUCAGUCAUUCCUUGCAACGUAUUUGGGCCACAUGACAAUUUUAAUUUGCAAUCAAGCCAUGUGAUUCCAGGCCUUAUGAGGAAACUUCAUCAAAUUGUAGAAAAUGGUGAGGAUAAAUUCACUGUGCUUGGUUCAGGAAAACCUCUGCGACAGUUUAUUUACUCUAGAGAUCUCGCUCGCCUCUUUGUUUGGGUUCUAAGACAUUAUCAAGAUGUUGAACCUCUAAUCUUGUCCGUUGAUGAAAAAGACGAAGUUAGUAUUAGCCAAGCUGCUGAGCAAAUAGCUGAGGCUUUUGGUUUUUCUGGCCAAUUGCUUUAUGAUACGUCCAUGGCUGAUGGUCAGUUCAAGAAAACUGCCAGCAAUGCCAAACUUCGUCAAUUGAACCCUGAUUUCAAAUUCACUCCGUUUCCAGUUGCCAUUAAAGAAACUGCUGAUUGGUUUAAGGAAAAUUACAGCAAUGCUAGAUUGUAAAAAUAAUCUUCAAUUUAAAAAAAUUACAUGGCCAACAUACUGUCCAUUUUUUGAGUCACAUCAUCUAUUAUAAUUCUGAGAAUGUUUCGAAGGUGCUUUGCUUAUUGCAUUGGCCGGGUAAAUUUGAGCUGUGUAUAAAAGUGUCCUGUAUCCCAUUUAAAGGAAGCUAUGUAAACUGUUAUUUAAUGACGAUUUCAACACUAUUUUCUGAUGUUGUUACAACCCAAUCUGGCUUGUAAGUUGUUUGUUUGCACUGUAUAGAGGUUUAAAUUUUUAU